AUGAUUCAAGGAAACUCGCAGAUCUCCCGCGAGACGGCCGGACCGAGUUUGACGCAAACGGAUGGACGUGUUGACCCCGUGCCACGCCUGAACCGGCGACGCAAAACACCAGGACACCAUCGGGAGGCCGAAAAACAAUUCGACCAGAAGUACCGGAUAGGACGAUCUUUUCCGGUAGCUGUGCAUUGCAGAGCAGCCAGUGAAAACUCGGUUAUGCAUCACAGUGCUUUGCCAUCAAGCACGCCGGACUAG